AAAACAUCAUCGAACAUAUCGAACAUGUCGAACAUGUCGAACACAUCGAACGCAUUGAACACAUAGAACCCGAUCAUCCAUUAGCACCGGAUGAAAAUUAUGGAUAUCUUUUGGAAGAAUGUCAAAAAGGAGAUUCGGACUUAGCUAAAGAAGAAUUUCUUCAAAUCCUGGUGGAGCUAUGUAUGCAACACGAAUUUAUGAGUGAGAAGUUUAUGGAAGAAGGAAACGCAGAUGGUAAUUUAUUACAUGGUCCUUCAGCAAACCAUGAUUCAUCCAACAAUGAUUCCAUAAGGACAGAAAUUAUUUUGUUCAAGGAGC